AUGGCUCCUAAGAAGAAGAAGAAGAAGGAAUAUUACAAUGAUUUACGUGAAGUUGUUAUUAAACAUUAUUUGAAUGGCGAUUCUGAGAGCGAAAUAGCUCAGAAAACAUUAAUUUCACGUGAUUCUGUUCAUUACAUGGUUGAAAAGUACAAAUCGACUAAAUGCAUUGGUAAUAUAAUUGGUCGAGGUCGAAAACGGAAAACAACAGCUCAUACGGAUCGUGUUAUUCAACGCAAAAUCAAAGUUGAUCGUCGAAAAUCAGCCUCAACUAUCAAAGCUGAAUUCAAUAUUGCUAUUUCUGAAACAACAAUUAGUCGAAGAGUUCAUGAAAUAGGCCUUUACGGUCGUGUUGCUCGCAAAGAGACAUAUGCCAACAAAAUCAAUCAUUGGAAAUGUCCCGAGUAUGCUCGAACAUAUCGCGAAAAGCAAGGAGGAAAACUCAUUCGGGCAUUCCUAGCCAUUCCUAGCGAUUCUUAUACAUUCCGAUCCAUUCCUACACUGAAAAAAAGUUUCGUACGAAAACGGUUUGGUAUAACUAUUCUUUUUUUAGCUUAA